GUCCCCUGGGAUGACAACAGCUGUUUUGUGAUGUUCCAUUUUAGUCUUCAAAAUGAUCUCAUUGUUGUCUAGAAUGGGAAGUGUAAUUCAUUUACUCCUAUGGUUGUGCAUGGUGCAUGUUUUGAUACAUUCUAGUUGUAAUGUGAAUGCGCUCAGGAGGCUGCGUACGCCAGCACAAAACAGGACAAGCGUGACUGCUGUUAGGAGGGUUAGAGCUGUAAACAGACCAAUACCAAUCAACUGCAAACUGGCGAGCUGGACUGCAUGGACACUGUGUAACUCUUGCACUGAACAAAAGUUCCGUUUCCGAAAAAUGGAGAAACCAUCACAAUUUGGUGGGACACGGUGCUUUGAGACCCUGUGGGAGACGCUGGCAUGUCCAACAGCAACUGCGCAGUGUUUGGUGCCAGAUUACUGCGGCGAGAGCUUCACCUGCAAAGAAACUGGGCGCUGUAUCAGCCAAUCCCUUCGCUGUAACGGCGAGGCAGACUGUGAUGAUUUCUCUGAUGAAGAUGGUUGCGAAGACUUCAGCCAGAGGAAUGACAAGUGCUCCACACUCCUCACCAUCCCCGGUGCUGAGCGAGGCACUCAGGGCUAUAAUGCCUUGACUGGUGAAUUUGUGGAUCAUGUUUUGGACCCAAAGUACUUUGGAGGAAAAUGUGAAUAUGUCUACAAUGGUGACUGGAGAAAGUUCACCUAUGACUCCUUCUGUGAAAACUUGCACUACAAUGAAGAUGAGAAAAACUACCGGAAACCUUACAACUACCACACGUACCAAUUUGUGGCAGAGGCGACAUCAGAAGGCUCUGAGGAAUAUUACAGCGACGCCGUGAGCCUGUUAACCGCAAGGAAGACGACGAGGUCCUCCAAUGCGGGCGUCUCGCUCGGCAUCUAUUAUGUGGAAGUGGGGGUGAGAGGAAGUAAGGAGUCUGAGUUUUUACGGAACAUAUCACAGCAUAAAAGCCAGGACCUGGGCUUCAUCAGGCUUUUGUCAGCAGUGGAAACAGCUCACUUCAAGGUGAGAAGUGAUAAGCUGAUGCUGCAUGAGGAUUUCUACCUGUCACUGAUGGAUCUCCCGGAGCGCUAUGACUUUGGCAUGUACUCCCGGUUCUUCAACACGUUCGGCACGCACUAUGUCACUGAGGGAGCCAUGGGAGGAACCCUGGAAUACGUGGUAGUGGUCAACAAAACAUCCAUGGCUGAAUCAAAACUUGAGGGGAAGCAGGCCGGUUCAUGCUUGGGGGCCUCCAUUGGUUUGAGCUAUCCAGCCGACGGCUUUGGAACGGCAGACCUCACAGUCGGGGGGGAUAUAUGUAAAAAAAGAGGAAGCGUAAAUCAAGCCAGAGACUCGGGUUCAGCUGUGAUUGAAGACAUUAUCACUCUGGUGAAGGGGGGGUACACAGACACUGGCAGCGGCUUGUUGGCCAUCAGGGACCCUGACACUUAUCGCAAGUGGGGGGCGAGUCUUAAAUACAACCCGACGGUCAUUGAAUAUGAGAUCAUGCCCAUCCAUGAGCUUGUGCGCCUGAGCACUGCCUCUGAUCACGUUGGAGCCAGACUGGCCAACCUUCAGAGGGGCUUGGAUGAGUACGAGCAGCAGUUCAGCUCCUGCCGCUGCGCCCCCUGCAAGCAUAACGGCGUCCCUGUGCUCGCUGGGACGUCCUGCACCUGCAUCUGUAAGCCGGGCUACCAGGGAGAAGCCUGCGAGGACACUUUGCGAACGGAAACCAGGACAGAUGGGUCGUGGUCCUGCUGGGGAGCUUGGUCUCCCUGUACAUCCGGAGGGAAGCGACGUACCAGGGCCUGUGAUAAUCCUCCACCUGAUGGAGGCGGGGCUACAUGCCUUGGCUCCUCCUCUCAGACGCAGUCCUGUUGAAGUGACAUGCUAAUUUACUGUUCCUGCUUUCGAAUAAAAUGAAGUCAUUACGGUAUUUCAAAUGCAGUAUAACUAACUAACUAUGUAUUUGGCUGUGUAUCCUGCUGCCUCCGCUCGAAUAGACGCCGCAAUAAAUAAACGGCGAAUUGAAUAGAAAAGAUAACAGGUGGUGCUUCUAGGUUUACUGCCACUAAUUGAAGUACGUACCUGUUGCCUGAGAAUCUACAAACAGAUAAUAUUGGCAUAAAAAUGAGUUAUCGGUUCAUAUCGGUGCCUCGGGAACUGUUCCCAAGCGUCACCUUCGGAUUGUAAAUGUGCAUUUUGCAAUGACUGUAAAGCACUGCGAGCGGGGAGUAAGGCGGGUAAGUCUUCCUUUAAUAUCCUUAUUAUUCCUUUUAAUAUCACACCUCAGGAAGGAUCACACGCAACUGACGCAGGCAGUCGGUGGGGGCAGUGCUAAAUGAGCCCAUUUUGUGAUUGCACUGCUUGCAUUAGUCCAGAAUUUCAUACUUUGCACUUCACUUUGUUCUUACAGGGAUGUUUGUGCCACAUCGAAAUGUGCAACUUUCCAAAUUGUGUAUUUGCCCACCUUAUUUAAUUGGAUUCUUAUUUUUAAUUUAUUAAGACUAACAUGUUUUACUUGUCAAAGUAAGAGCUCAUGUUAUGUUAGUUGACUAUUGACAACUUGGUUUAAAUAAAUAUGGCAUUUUAUGUAUAAUUUACACAGAACAUCAUACCAACAGUAAAAUACGGUGGUGGUAGUGUGAUGGUCUGGGGCUCUUUUGCUGCUUCAGGACCUGGAAGA